CUCAUUGACUCUCUUUGUCAAGGGAGGUUGAUGAAUAUGACCCCUCCUCAAGUGACCCAAUUGCUAGAAGAUAUGGCCCUCAAAUGAUAUGAUUGAGGUUUGACGAGAAGUGGGAAGAGAAGCAAUGAAAGAGGAGUAAGAAGUGUGGGAGCAAGUGCCCCACUUGAAGCAAAACUUGACAAGUUGAUCGAGGUAAUUCUUGUGGAUAAGAAGCAAGGGGAGAGAGAAGUGAUGUCUAGUGGCUGGGGUGCAAGUGCGGACCAGGAGGAAGCUGAGUGUCACAUGGUGAGUGGGGAACCGGCUCAAUGCGAGCAGUUGUACUCCAUUGCCCCUGGGCAUGCCGACCGGAUGUCGAACCUAGAGCAGUUAGAGACGACCUUUGCUGCCUCCAGCUCGAAGAAGUUUGAAAGAAUUGUCAGGUUCAUAGGAGAAGGGAUAGAGAAAUUCUCAACCAUAGAGGCGGGGUUGCAGAUUCACCAAACACUCUUGAUAACCCUAACCACAAGUGUGGGGGUGGUUACUCUUCGAAGUGGAAGAGAGGCCAGGGAGCUACCCCCAAAGAAGAAAGCGCUUGCCUCAGAGGAGCAACAGAGGGCUAGUAGCCCUCCCGAGCAAUAGGAGGUUACGAGUGCAAUAGAAAAGGAGAAGGCCGCUUCAAUCCCCCAACCGGAGCAAAGGAAGGAAAAGGAAGCUCCAACUCUUCCCUAUCCUUCUCGACUCUAAAAUGACAGUAUGACAACAGAGUUUGCCCACUUUAUGGAGUUGAUGAACCAGUUGCACUUAAACAUCCCCUUCAUGGAGGCCGUCACCUAGAUGCCAAAGUACGCAAAAUACUUGAAGGACCUCCUUUCCAACAAGAAGAAGCUGGAGGGGAUAGCUACGGUGAGCUUGAAUGAAGAGUGUUCCGCCAU